ACACAUGGUCAGGUGGAGUACUGGUUAUUGCUUGCCUUCCUGACUUGCUACUGUGAACUGGCUGAAGUGUCGGAGGGCAUUGCGAUUCAUGAUGGGGAAUGAACCAGUAGUGCUGUUCCUGAUGCUGCUCGUCCAUUACACAGUGCGGCAUUGCUUGGGCUUCUCCCAGUCUGUAGAUAGCGAUUAUACGUUUACCCUCCCGGCGGGGCAGAAGGAUUGUUUCUUCCAGCCCAUGAAGAAAGGUGCCACUCUGGAGAUAGAGUAUCAGGUCUUGGAUGGAGCUGGUUUAGAUGUGGAUUUUUCUCUUGUAUCUCCGGAUGGUGAACUUCUACUGUCAGAGGAACGGCAGUCAGACGGGGUUCACUCGGUAGAAACAGUUGACGGCGAUUACCAGUUCUGCUUUGACAAUACCUUCAGCCGUAUGUCUGAGAAAGUGAUCUUUUUUGAAUUGAUCUUAGAUCAGUUGAACGAUGAAGGGAAUGAACAAGAGGACUGGAAGAAUUACAUUAUGGGCACAGAUCUGCUGGACAUGAAACUGGAAGAUAUCCUGGAAACUAUUAAUAGCGUGAAAGGGCGAUUAACCAAAAGCGGCCAGAUCCAGACGCUGCUAAAAGCCUUUGAAGCUCGAGAUCGCAACCUUCAAGAGAGUAAUUAUGAUAGAGUGAACUUUUGGUCCAUUUUCAACUUGAUGGUGAUGGUUGUGGUGUCUGGUCUCCAAGUCUAUAUGCUAAGAAGUCUUUUUGAGGACAAAAGGAAAAGUAGGCUCUGACAGACUUUGGCAAAGCAUUUACAAAGAAAUAUACUUUGAGUGGUUUUAAUACCCUCUCAGGGCUGACAAGUACAAGAACCUUUUCUCCCAAAUCCCUGCCCCGUCGUUUUCAGAUAUUAGGGACUGGAAAAAAACGCAAAAAAGCAAUAUUCAAUGUUUUCCAUGUUUUGUAUAUUGACAUGAAGGGUUUAUAUUAAUGUUUACAUUGAAACCAGCAUUAGGGUGGAGGAAUUUUCCCUCGUUCUCAUUUCUGCUUCACAAAGGUAUAUUUCAUCACACAGAUCUAGCCUGCAGACAUUUCUUAAACGUCAGAAAAAUGCACCACUGCCAAUUACGCCAAUAAGCCGCGUUGCUUUGAGUUGUCACAUGGUGCAGAGCCAUUUGGUGCCUGUCCUUGAUACCUGAUGGAUUGUAAAAGGUCACUGUAGUCCUAAUUUUAUUUUUGUUCUUUAUUGCUGUGAAUGAGGUAGGUUUUAUUGUGAUCAUGCUAAAAGCUGUUAAACUUUGAAAUUAAUAAAUGUUGAAGGGUUGUCACAAAUUUCAAUAAAAAGGUGAAUACUGUAGUA